AUGAGAACCGUAAUAAGAGCCCUCCUUGUUCUUCUCAUCCUUGCCAUUUCUACUCAUUCCGUCGAGCCAAAACCUCAGUUGUCUGGAGAGAAGGCAGUUCUUACCAUAAACAGCUUCGAAAAGGGCGGAGAUGGGGGCGGUCCAUCUGAGUGUGACGGCCACUACCAUUCCGAUGACACCUUAAUCGUCGCACUUUCCACUAGAUGGUACAACCACGGCCACCGCUGCCAUAACUAUAUCACCAUAAACGGGAAUGGGCGGAGCGUGAAAGCUAUGGUUGUGGACGAGUGUGACUCCAAUGGGGGAUGUGCUAAUAACAUAGUUGACGCCUCAAAAGCAGUGUGGAAGGCCUUAGGUGUGCCAAAACAACAGUGGGGCGAGCUCAAAGUAACCUGGUCAGAUGACUAGCUUAAUUCACCCAUUUCCCAUCGGUCAGAACUGCGCGCUCUGUAUCUCAUGCAUGUUUUCCUUUCCUUUCCUUUCAAAUAAUAAUGUAACCUGCGCGCUCUGUAACUCUUUUAAUAUAAUAUGAAUUAGAUCUACAACUAUGAAUAUAUAUAUAUACAUACAUAUAUAUAA